AUGCGUGCCCCACUCAAGUACUCAACAUUGUCGCUCCUUAAUCUAAUCGUGGCUGAGCGCGGUGGAGCAGGAGGAGAGCGUGGAGGCUUUGGUGGAGGACGCCCAAGAGGCAACCGCGGACGUGGUGGACGCCGCCGUGGGAGACGCGAGGAGGAGGAGAAGUGGGUGCUAGUCACAAAGCUUGGACACCUCGUCCAUUCCAAUAAGAUAAGAUCCCUGGAGCAGAUCUACCUCCACUCGCUAACAAUCAAGGAGCACCAGAUUGUGGACAAGCUCUGCCCUGGUCUCAAGGACGAGGUCAUGAAGAUCAUGCCCGUUCAGAAACAAACCCGUGCCGAUCAGAGAACUCGCUUCAAGGCCUUCGUCGUCGUCGGUGACAACAACGGCCACGUCAGGCUCGAUGUCAAGUGCAGCAAGGAGGUUGCUACUGCUAUUCGUGGCGCUAUCAUUUUGGCUAAGCUCUCUGUCAUUACUGUUAAGGAAAAAGUUGAUGAGGAUCAAUUUGAGAUUUUCUGUACUUUGAGAUUUUCUGUUUGGUGGGGACAGGGGCGGAGCCAGGAAUACAUGCUUGGGGGGGCCGGGUUGUAA